AUGAAGGCCGCCGCACGGCUCAUGGAGAAGAUCGUGCCAGGCGCGUCCGCCAUGAAGGCCAAGUCCAGCAGCAAGAAGGACCGGUACCUGCUCAAGCGCCAGGACACGCCCGAGGCCUCCUCCGCCGCCGCUUUGUGUUUCACGCCUCGCGCUGGACGACGGCCCACCUGGAUUCUCGCCAGCGGCGACCCCACACCGCCGCUGCCUGGGAGCUCCAUCAUGGACGAGGACUUCAUGCUGCUGCAGAGGCGCACCCCGCUCGUUGAGGUCCCUCCUCCCGCCGCCCACCAGGCCCAGCCGACCGAGGGGCCCGCCGGAGUCGCGGUCGCGCCCAAGAAGGUGACCAAGCCCAAGAAGCCCCACAAGCGCGAGCGGGAGGAAGGUGCCGAUGCCGAUGCCGAUGCUAGCCCCGACGCCGUAGACGCCGCCGGCAAGCCCAAGAAGAGGAAGAAAAAGAAGAAGCUUUCCUACCUGGAUGGCUCUGGUGCCGGCAAGGCCGCCGUGGUGCAGGACCCCAAUGGGCUUGACCUGACGCAGGAAACGGGAGGGGUCAAGACCCCUAUUGGAAUAUAUUAA